AUGACUUCAAAAGCAGAAACAAAUCUUUCUGAAGAGGAAGAUGAUGAAGAUGAUGAAGAUAAUAUUUUUGUUGAUGGUGGAUUAGAUUCAAGUGCAGCAUCAGAUCAGCUCAAUAAAGAAAUGGCAGACUCUAGACAGAAUAGUGACAAGGAUUUGGUAGCACAGAUACAAUUCCUUGAUGAUGAAGCAACCACAGCAAUCAACUCUGAUUCAAGAACUCUACUUAAUCUGAAUCAGAGCACCAAGAAAGUGUCAGUAAGUUUAGAAGAUAAAAGAUCAGAUGUAACAAGUGAAAGUUCGCAUGUCUUGUAUGAUGAGAUGUCUAUCAAUAGUUCACUUGAGUCCAUAGAUGGCAGUCAUAUUCAAGAUAUCCCACCAUUAUUUGUGAAUCUCUCAUGCUCUGUGAAAGAAGGUGUGAAUGUAAGGAGCCAGUCAGUACGCUCUCUCCCUACUUGCUUAGGCGAAUUGAUUGAUUGUUUGGAGGAUCCUGUCAGUGAUAUUGAUCUAUCUGGUUUAUCAAUCACAUUGGACAUCAUUUGUUUAACAUUACCAGUUGAUUCAGAUUCAGAGCCUUGUCGUAAGAGAAGUGAGAGAACAAUAUCAGUUGGUAGUAUGCCAUCACCAGUUGGAACUCCACCACAGGAAGCUGACAUUUAUCAACAUUUACAAAGUGACGGAUCAGAGUCUGCUAGUGUGUAUCCUCUUGGAUCAUUGUCAAUGGAUCCACUUAGUAUAUUACCAGCUGCUCAGAAUAAAGUUGUUAAAGAUGCAGCUGAACAGAUUAAAUGGCUAAUGAAAGAUGAGAUUGCAUCUGCAAAACGUUUGAUAUCACCUAUAAAUGCUACGACAUUGGAUAUGGUGGCUAUUCAUGUAACAGGAUCAACUGCGAAAGCAACUUGUAAAGCAGAGAAAGUCCCUCUACACUUUGUAUUUGGUGCUGAACACAGUCGGGACAAGUUUAUUGAGGAGUUUGGAAGAAUGGACAAGACUUGUUUUGAGAAUUUAGAAUUAAUAGGAUUCAGUAUAAUGAAGGAAGAUAACUAUUACUAUCUUAUAAGGGAUGAGUCAUUAUAUAUGUUCACACCAACAACAAGACUCUUACAAGACGCUGCUGUGGCUUUGAGUAGAGAAAAUCUGCUUAAUCAUGACUUGGAGCUUUCUUCAAUGAACCUUGUCUCAACAGAGUUAGGAUUGGACCAGAGUCAAAACUCGACAGAGUUUAGUUUGGACCAGAGUCAAAACUCAACAGAGUUAGGAUUGGACCAAAGUCAAAGUUCAAGUGAGAUUAAACCACUAAGAAUAAACGAAAUGGACAAUCCAAAGAGAACGACAGAAGAACUAGCAAAAAAUGAUAGAGAGAGUGUCAUUAAUAUUAAAAAUGAAAAUGAAAUAGGAACUGAUAUUGCUAAGAAAGAAGUUUGUAUGUUGGAGAUGACAGAGCAAAUUGAUAAGGAAAGCAAUACAGAGACAAAUUACAUAAAUCCUGUUGAAGAUAACAGCAGUGAAACUUCAAUACAAGUAUUAUCAGAAGAGUGUGGAGGAGACCUUGCACAUGAACCUGAGCUGCAGGAAGAAGACACUUCAAAUGCACAGGAAAAAGAUGAAACUCAUUGUGAACAAAAUGACAAUAAGCUUAAAGAGAAUCCUGUUGAUUCAGAAUUGAAUGCUCUGCGAGAUAAACUGCACAGUGAUAGUGCAAAUGAUGUAAUUAAAUCAUCUAACACAACAGCAGAGGUUUCAGAAAUGUCUGGAGAACAAGAGUUCUCUGAAUCUGAGGUUGUCUUAAUUCCUCCAUCUUCUAUUCCUAGUAGAUUACAAGAAGAAAUCAUGCACCCAGGGACACCUGCAGGGACAAACCUGCCAGCAUCUCCUUCUGUUACCUCAACGAUUUCAUCAGAAGUGGGAGUUGAAGCGCCAGACUCACUAACAUCUUCUGGAGGGAGUAAACAUCAUCGCAGACAACCUAGCGUGUUCUCAACGGUGUCUAGUGGUCUUACAAGUGUUAAUGCCAGUAGAGUUAGUCUUAAUGAUGAUGAAAAAGAGUUAGCCUUAAUGAAGAAGCUUAGUUGUCUUCCAAGUGUGAAUAUCAGUAGAGUUAGCCUUAAUGAAGAAGCGUAUGAUGGUGGGUCCAGUGAUAAUGAUAGUGAUGGACGACUGAUGUCUUUGACUGAUACAGAACAGUUCCAAUCACGAAUGCUGAAUUUUGGUUGA